AUGUGGCAGCUGCUGGUGGCCCUGUGCCUGGCCCAGGGGCUGGGUGACGCUGUCCUGUGCACAGGAGCCAGCCACGACAACCCCGAGCAGUUCAUGAACAUCAGCCAAAUAAUCUGUUUCCAUGGAUAUUAUAGCGAGGAGCACCAAGUCCUGACGGAAGAUGGCUACUUCCUUACCAUGAACCGGAUUCCUGGUGGCAGAGAGGAGGCUGGAAGCAGAGGACCCAAGUUGCCUGUGUUGCUCCAGCAUGGCUUGGUUUUAGAUGGUAGCAACUGGGUUUCCAAUUUCCCCAGUACCAGCCUGGGCUUCAUCCUCGCAGACGCGGGUUACGACAUCUGGAUCGGAAACAGCCGGGGCAACAGCUGGUCCCGCCGGCACCUGAACCUUUCUGUUGACCAAGAGGAGUUUUGGGAUUUCAGCUUCCACGAGAUGGCCGUGUACGACCUCCCUGCCAUGGUGGGCUUCAUCCUAAGGCAAACCGGGCAGGAGAAACUGUUCUACAUCGGCCACGCGCAGGGCAACUCUCUGGGUUUCAUAGCAUUUUCGAGCAUGCCGCAGCUGGCUGAGAAAAUCAAAAUGUUCUUUGUGUUGGGUCCUGCCUACGCUUUACAUACGGGUAAAGGUCCGGUAUUAAGUCUUUUCUAUCUUCCUGAUGCAAUAAUUAAGGUGAUUUUCGGGAAGAAAGAAGGAGCUCUGCUGGGACAGGAGCAGAGGGCGGCGCUGGCCAGGGUGUGCAGUUGCCGGCUUCUCGGCAGGUUCUGCGCAGAUGGACUUUUCCUCGCUGGUGGAUUUAACGAGAAGAACUUGUACACAACUGCCAAAACUGAGGAGUUCAAGCAGUUUGACUAUGGGGAGGAGAACAAGGAGAAGUACAACCAGACUUCACCACCCUUUUACAGGACAGAAGACAUGAUGGUGCCAACCGCCCUGUGGAGCGGUGGGGAGGACUGGGUUACCUCUACUGAAGAGACCCAGUGCUUGCUCCCCCGCAUCACCAAGCUCGUUUGUCACGAGCACUUCCCUGACUGGAACCACUGGGAUCACAUCUGGGGCUUGGACGCCCCUCAGCGCAUGUACAGGCAGAUUGUCGCUCUGAUGGAGCAAAAUCCAUGA